AGCCAUGCUUUUAGAUGAUCGUGGUUUUAAAUCUGUUUUCUGCUGGUUAAUCCAUGAAUGGCAUGGUCUUAAUCUUCUCGUCCUGUAAUGAGACAUUAAAACCCAAAGAGAGUGUUUUCACAGAUGACUUCCAACACAUGCUGUACAGUACGACUGCUCCGAGCACCCUGAAAACGUAAGUACAAAAGUAGAUUUUAAUGAAGCUAAUGUACUCAGGGAGUAGAAAGUAGAAAGAGGUUCAUAAUAUAAGGUUAUUACAAUACAUUUCAAGAACUGGCAGUUUGAUAUAAUGGAAGACUGACAGAACUAAUCAGUGCUUUAUUCAAAGGAAUAGUUUAUCUAUAAUUCUUCUACAUGGCCUAUUCUAUUGGCAAUCAGUACUAUGGAGUUCACUGAAAAAGGGAAUCCUAUAUAGAUUGGGAUAUGAAGUUUUCAGCAUUAAAGUGUAGUCUUUAGUUUAUCAAUAAGAAAAGUAUUAAACCAAAAAAAUAAAAAAAUUACAAAUAGGCAUAUUUCAGAUCCAUCCCAUGCUUUCACAUAAUGUGAGAUAGACAGACAGAGGCAGGAGACAGAUACUAUUAUGACAAAAUUAGCAAUAUUUAAUUGCUAGGCAACAAAUAGUAGAAAAUACAUUUAUUAUGAUAUGAAUAUGUGGAAAGUCUGCAUCCCAUUAAUACAGUUAAUAUUUAAGGUAAGAGGUAAAUAAAUGUAUGCCUCUACAGAAAGCAUAGUGUUAAAAUAUUGUAAGUCAGUGGUUUCCAAACUUUUUAGGUUCAAGGCACUCUUAUUAUUUCAAUAUUUUUUAAAGGGGCCCCAAGUCAAAAUUUGUUUUAGGUUGCAUACAUGUACAGCGCUGCGGCAUACACUGUUCAGCAGAAAUAUUUCCCUGACAAGGGCAGAUCCUUAACCUAAUCUCAGGAAGGGCACUAGUAGAAUAUUUAAAGAAACAAUCCAGGCACAAUAACCACUACAGAACUCUGUAGUUGUUAUGGUGCCAGGAGUGCUGUGGUGCCCUCCCAGGGUAAGUAGUCAAACUGUUUAAGAACAGUUUGACAACUUACCUGGGGUCUCUUGGGAUAUGUGGCUAUAGUAAGGGAUAGGUGCAGUAGUGUGUGAGGGGUGCAAUGUAUGUGUGUGAGGGGUGCAAUCUGUGGGGGAGGUUAGAUGUGUGUGUGAGGGGUUCAGUGUGUGUGAUGGGUGCAGUGUGUGUGGGGGGGUGUAUUGUGUUUGUGAUGGAUGUAGUGUGUGUGUGAAGGAUGUUGUGUGUAAGGGGUGCCUUGUGUGUGUUGUGCAGUGUGUGCACGAGGGGUACAGUGUGUACAUGAGGGGUACAGUGUUUGCAUGAGGGGUACAGUAUGUUUAUUGAGAGGUACAGUAUGUGUAUUUAGGAGUACAGUGUGUGUGUGGGGACAGAGUGUGUUUCAGGGGACAGUGUGUGUGUGUGGGCGCAAUGUGCGUUAGGGGUACUGUGCGUGUGUAUGGGGGCAGUGUGUGUGAGGGGUACAGUCCAUGUGUAUGGGGGCAGUAUGUGUGAGGGGUACAGUCUGUGCGUAUGGGGGGCAGUGUGUGUGUGGGGGGUAGAGUGUGUGUGUAUGAGGGCAGUGUGUGUGAAGGGUACAGUGUGGGUGUUUUGUAUGUGUGAGGGGGUACAGUGUGUGUGUGUGUUUGGGCGGCAGUUUGUGUGUGUAUGGGGGAAUUAUUGUUGGUCUGUGGGGGUAGGACAGGAGAUUAAUACAUAUAAACUUUUUUUAAUUAAAAAAAUUAUAAUAAUUUUCAUAUCCUCCCUCCCUUUUUACCUUUGCCUGUGGGAGAUGGGGGGGUGGAGGAGGGCCGUAAAAGACAAUCCUUUGGGGUGGAGAAGCCCUGGUGGUCCCAGUGGUGAGAGUGAACUCUAGCAGUUCCUGAGGUACCGUGGUAACUGUGGCAAGGCUUCGAGCUCACAGGAGGAGAACCUGGCGCAGCUGCAGGUUAGAGCUACCCCAGGUCAUCUCUCCCUCCCCUGCCAGCUGCCAGCAUUACACUGCUAGCGGGCUGGAGAGGAAGAUCUCUGAUCUCCCUUCCGGUCGUGCAGAGCCGGCAGGGUAGAGUGAGGCACGGUUUCCGGUGGUAUGUUCCCCUGGGUGGAAACAGCUGUUUUAUGUGUAGGAUUAAUACAAUAAGCUGGAUAACAUAUUUUAAGUACCUGAUUGGAGUCCAAAUGCAAUCUUUCUAAAAUCUGAAUGGUUCAUGAUUUUGUUAGAUAGUUACAUAGCUGAAAAGUCAUACAUCCAUCAAGUUCAGUCAUUCUCACAUUUGUUUUUGCUGAUGAUCCAAAAGAAGGCAAUAAACCCAGUCCGAAAUGAUUUCCAAUUUUACAACAAACUAGGAAAAAAAUACUUUUUGCCCCAGAAUGGCAGUCAGAUCUACCCCUGUAUAUUAUGUUUUUGCAAGUAUUUAUCCAAUUGCUGUUUAAACAUCUGUAUAGACUCUGAUAAAACCACCUCUUCAGGCAGUGAAUUCCACAUCGUUAUUAUUCUUACUGUAAACUAAAUCGACUUUCUUCCAGUCUAAAUGAGUGACCUUGUGUCCUAUGUAUAUGAUUUGCAUAUGUCAUGAUUUAUUUAACAAAAAUAAAGCCAAAAUGGAGAAGCCAUGUGUGAAAAAACUAAGUACACAUUAUGAUUCAAUAUCUUAUAGAACCACCGUUAGUAGCAAUAACUUGAAGUAAUCUUUUUCUGUAUGACUUUAUCAGUACCUCACGUCACUGUGGAGGAAUUGUGGCCCACUCUUCUUUACAAUGUUGCUUCAGUUCAUUGAGGUUUGCUGGCAUGUGUUUAUGUACAGCCCUCUUAAGGUCCCACCACGGCAUUUCAAUUGGGUUGCGGUCUGGACUUUGACUGGGCCAUUGCAACAACUUGAUUAUUUUCUUUUUCAGCCAUUCUGUUGUAGAUUUGUUGAUGUGGUAGGGAUCAUUGUCCUGUUGCAUGACCCAAUAUCAGUCAAGCUUUAGCUGUGGGACACAUGGCCUCACAUUUGACCAUAGAAUACUUUGGUUGACUCAAUGACUGCAAAGUUCCCAGGUCCAGUGGCUGCAAAACAAGCCCAAAUCAUCACCCCUCCACUACCUUGCUUGGAAGUAGGUACGAGGUGUUUGUGCUGAUAAUGAUAUGUUGGGUCCUUGUAGUCCUGUGUAGUAGGAACAAACAUCUCUAAUUUGGUCUCGUCUGACAUUGUUCUAGAAGUCUUGGGGUUUGUUCAGAUGCUACUUUGCAAACCUACGCCAUACUGCUUUGUUUUUUUUAGAGAACAACCCCUCCAAACAGGCCAUACUUGUUCAGUCUUUUUUUAAUUGUACUGUCAUGAACAUUUUAACAUGCUAACUGUGGCAUGAAGGGUCUGAGAUGUAACUCUUGUUAAUUUUUUUGUAUUUUCUCUGAACAUUGCAUGGUCUGACCUUGGGGUGAAUUUGUUGGGACAUCUAUUCCUGGGAUUAUUGGCACCUGUCUUGAAUGUUUUCCACUUUUGAAUAAUCUUUCUAACUGUAGAAUUAUGGAGUUUACAUGGUUUUGAAAUGGCCUUAAAACCCUUCCCAGUUUGAUAGGCAGCAACAAUUGCUCUAAGAUCCUUGCUGAUGUCUAUCCUCCUUAGCAUUGUGUUAACACACACCUGAAUGUUCCAGACCAGCACACUGCUAAAACCUUGGCAUUUAUGGACGUGGUCACACUUGCUGAUGAUCAAUUAAUCAAUGGCAUUUUAUUAACAGCACCUAUCUGCUACUUAGCCUCUUAAUUCCUAUGGAAGCAGCAAGGGUGUACUUAGUUCUUCACACAUGGCUUCUCUACGUUGCCGUUAUUUUUGUUUAAAAAAUCCAGACACGGUAUAAUAUGCUAUGUGUUGUUAUUCAUUUUCCCCAGUCAUGGUGGUGUAACUUUUAAUAUCAAAUGUUUUAUUGAUUAAGAAUAAUGAAAAAAAUAGAACAGAGGAUUAUUACGAAGGAGUUGGUAAUUUUCUCCAGAAAGCUUUUAAAAUAUUUACAUUUCAUUAAGAAGAUGUACAAAUAUUAGUGGAAAGACUUUUAUUAAAAAUAUAUAUAUUUUUUGUGAGAAAUUACAUAUUUCUUGCUAUAUUAAAAGGUAAGGCCGCAUAGCUUAAGUACAAUAUCCUAUUCUGCUAAUAGUCUUUCAGUUGAUAGUGAAUGAUUUUGCCUACAGAAAGCAGCAUAGUUUAACAUGUGCUCCCGGGGGGUGUUUAUUGGAAAGGCUGUCCCACCAGAUUUUGUUGUUUCCUAUGCACAUGCUUUACCAUCACCAUCACUAAAAACAGCAACUGCCUUUUCGAUUUUUGAUGUUUUAGCCACUUGCAAACUAAAGAUGGUCAUUCCUUAAUAACAAUCUUGUAUUCAAAGUGUGUAUUCCAAAACGGAAAGUCCUUUUCCUUUAACCCCUUAUGGACACAACUUUUGGAAUAAAAGGGAAUCAUGACAGAAUAUUUCCGUCAUGUGUCCUUAAGGAUUUAAAGAAUGCAAGGCUUUGUAGUGCUUCAAAAGUUAAAUGACCAGAAUAAACCAAGCUGACAUAAAGUGCAGAGAGAACAGACUGCAAUGCCAGUAAACAUGGUGGUCCUGGUCCUUAAGGGGUUAAUGUUUAUUUAAUGUGAAUACCACACAGAGAAAUCUAACUUUAACCAUUCAUGUGCAUUCCCAUUUUACACGAUUAAUGUUCAUAUUUUCCCACUUGUUAUGCAAAUCUGAUUAUUUUUGCAAGGUUAGAAAAAUUAUUCCAUUGGUCCUACAAGGUGAUUAUUCUAAGUAUUACUGUAGUUGCACGGCAUGUGUAGUGAUAAAAGUGCCCCAGACACUCUAGAUGGUACAGACCUGCCUGGCUGAGAAUGAUAGUAGCUGUAGUCUCCAGACUGUGGCAUGCAAUGAUAUAUCUGCUGUAUGUCAAACUACCCAUAAUGACUCUCUUAAAUCCCGUAACUUUAACCAUAGCCCAAAACCACAACUAUCCAUAAUCCCUUUCAUAAUAUAAAUGUGUUUUAAAACUAUGAAAUGGCACCAUUUAACUGUCCCGUUGUGAUUGUUGGAUAGAAUGUGCAAUAACUUUAUAUACUGCAUUAUAACAGUAAAUCACUAAUCACUAAUCACUAUUUUUCUUGUAUUAGCCAAUUUGUCACAAUAAUCCAGUAUAAACUAUUUCUCAGGCUUCACUUUGACAUUGGACAAGUAUUUAAAACGGCUAACUAUUUUUGGGUAAACUUCUAAAACUGAUUUAAUAUUAUUAUAUCUUUUACUGCUGUAAUAUUUUGAUAAAUUUUGGUUAAUUUAUAUUUUUUUAUAUCUGAUAUAUUUUUUGAUAUUUUAGUAGGUUGAACAAAUUGUUUUAAAAAAGUUUAUCAAAAAUAUUAAACAAUCGCCUAGGUUUUGGAACCUAUAAAGUGCUGUACAUCCAUCGUUAUGCAUAUAUAAUACUUCUUAUAAUAAUUAGUAACAUUGCUAUGGCCUUAACUAAGAACACAUAUGUUAUAGACCAAUUCAUUGCAAUUUCAUAAAGUGAAAACUGGCAUUACCAGGAAUUGUGGGAAUUUACAGUGUAUUUCAGAUCUGAGGUUCACAUUCUCCAAUUCCCUUUUGUUUUCAGUUUGGCUAAUUUGGACUAAAAUAUGAAUAACGCAAAUAGAGGGCUUUCUUCUUAUAAGUGAAUUGAUAUCCAACUUGCAAAAAUUACCCACAAUAUCCCCAAGUCUGAAAUAUUCUCCAAUUUCAUUUCAUAGACUGGUCUCUAUUUUGCAAUUCUGAGUCAUUUCACCCUAAUUUCUUUUUAUUGAAUAACCCUUUAAAGUAUAAUUAAUUUAGCAACAAAGAGACCCAUUCUGAUUUAGGUGGUUUUAUCUAUAUUUAAAUACACAGUUACAUAGUUACAUAGUUACAUAGUUACAUAGCUGAAAAGAGACUUGCGUCCAUCAAGUUCAGCCUUCCUCAGAAAUGUUGUUGCUGUUGAUCCAAAAGAAGGCAAAAAACCUGGUCUGAAGCACUUCCAAUUUUGCCACAAACUAGGAAAAAAUUCAUUCUUGACCCCAAAAUAGCAGUCAGAUGUCUCCUUGGAUCAAUCAGCUAUUACCCCACUAAUUAGAAAUUAUAUCCCUGUAUGUUAUGUUUUUGUAAGUAUUUAUCCAAUUUCAGUUUAAACAUCUGUAUGGACUCUGACAAAACCACCUCUUCAGGCAGAGAAUUCCAUAUCCUUAUUGUUCUUACUGUAAAAGUAUACAGUAAGUAGCUGUAUAUCAGCUGUAUAUCAGGAAACGCUAUUACGGACAUGUAAGAUAGACCAGAAAAUAUUUAUAGCCAAUAGCAGUUUUGUAAAGCUGGGUGCCUGCAUUUGGUCACAUUCCCACAAGCUUUCUGGCAAACAGAAGAGGUCAGUGGAAACUAGCGAGUGUGCCACAUACUUCAUUUUGUAUUAGGUGCUGGAACAUUACUUUAUGUGAAGGGAUAUUAAGAGAUUUAAUGCAGGUUUUUGGCUAGGAGGGUUCUCUGAGGCUAAGACUCCCUUAUCUGUGAUUACCUUCUUUUUAUCCCUACAAAAUACCAAGAAGCAGCAGAUUUACAAGACGGAAUCAGAAAAGACUCAGGCGUUCCUAGACUAACAUUGAGCAGAUGGUGUGAGAGAUGUCACAUAUUGCACUGGUAUGCCAGUCGCUGUAUGUAAAUGAAUUGUAGAUUAACUGGCUGCAAAUUUGUGCAUUGUGUGACUCUUUUCAUCUGAUGGAGCUUUGUCCAUUAAAAUGUAUCAGGAAUGCUGAGUUGGUGAUGCAUGUGAAUGGACACCUUACAGGAGCUAUAUACCUGUAGUAUGUUAUAUUAACCCCUUAAGGACACAUGAUGGAAAUAUUCUGUCGUGAUUCCCUUUUAUUCCAGAAGUUGUGUCCUUAAGGGGUUAAAUGAGAAAAUAUUCAGAGACUGAUUGCAACUGCACCUCUCUCUCAACUUCCCCAUAUUUAUUUCUAUACCUACCACAUUUUUUUUUUAUCAAUUCUACCAGCUUACCCACAUUGAUUUUUACCCUACCAAAUGUAUUUAUCAAUUUCUACCAUCUUUCCCACAUUUAUUUCUAUGCCUAUCAAAUGUAAUUCUCUCAUCUUCUUUAUAUUCGGCAUUACCCUUUUAACAUGCAGGCCAUACUUAUUUAGUCUCUCUCCUGUAUUCUUCUUAUGUAUGUAUAACACCUAUUAUCUCACCAGUCUGACCUAUAUUGUUUCCAUACCUUUCAAAUUAUAUACUUUUCAUCCAAUUUAUAUUGUCUCCUCAUUCCUCCUGUUCAUAUUGUCUUCUUGCCAAUUAUCUUUAUAUUGUCUCCUCACCAGUUGUCUACUUGCUUAUCCUCUCCAUUUUGUCUCAACAUCCAUCCUCUUUAUAGUGAUAGAUAGCCCACCCUCUCCAAAUUGUUCCCAUGCCCAUGCUAUUCACAUUCCCUCCACAUCUAUCCUCCCCAUAUGUUCUACAAGCCCAUCCUCUCCACGUUGUCUCCAUCUCUAUCUUCUCCAUAUUGUCUUUACAUUGACUAUUCCCCCAUCCUCUCCAAAUUGUCUCCAUGUCUAUCAGUUCCACAUUCUCUACACAACCAUUCCCUCUGUAUUGUCUACUCACCCAUCUCUUUCAUAUUGUCCCCAUUUCUAUUCCCUCCAGAUAUAUCCCCCUCACUCCCUAUAAUAAUCUAUCUUCUUCCUCACUGUUGCUCCACACACGUCUCCUUCCACUUGUACACAUAAUAAUUCUUUCUAACAUAUUUUAAACGAAGACCUUCACUCAGGGCCGGACUGGGAAAAAAAUUCGGCCCGGGCAUUUUUUUAUCACAGCGGCCCACUAAGAAGGGGGCGGGGCAGAGAGGGUGUGUUUUGUCAUCACUCAUGACAAACACGCCCCCUCUCAAAGUGAGCAUGUUGGUUCAAUGCUCUUCCAGGGCAGACCAUGCACAGAGCUCUGCUGAAGAGCUCUAGCAUGAGAAAAAAGCCCUGUAUUUGUUCUGCACAGUGCAAGCAAAUUUAAUAACAUGCUUGCACUGUGUUUCCUUGCAACUUGUCUCUGGUGUCUCUAUAAAUGGAUACCAGGAGACAAAAGGGCCAGGAAAGAGUAUUGUGCAUGUGUUUGGAGCCUGCUUGUGGUAUUGCGUGUGUGCAGAGUGAGCUGGUCGUGGUGUGGUAUUGUGUAAUAAGGUCGGUUUUAGUCGUGUUGUGUUUGUGGUGUAAUGUAAUGCAUAUGUGGCUAGGGGCUGUAGAGAAUGUGUGUAUAGGGGAUAUAGCAAGUGUGUGCAUAUAGGCUAUAGUGUGUGUGUGUGUGUGUGUAUAGGUGAUGUAGUGUUUGUAGAGAGUGUGUGUUCAGGGAAUGUAGUAUGUGUUUGCUUACAAGGAAUCUAGUGUGCAUAUAGGGGAUCCAGAGUGUGUGUGUGUGUGUGUGUGUAUAUAUAUAUAUAUAUAUAUAUAUGUAUAUAUAUAUAUAUGAGUCUUAUGUGUGUUUGAAGGACCCAGACUAUGUAUAGGAGAUCUAGUGAGCGUGCGUAUAUAACGGAUUCAGAGUGUAUAUAGUGAUCUAGUGUGUGUAUGUGUGUAUAUGAUCCAGAGUUGGCUAAAGGAUCUAGUGUGUGUCUGGAAUGUAAUGUGUUUAGGGGUGCAGUGUGUGUGUGAGGGGUGCUGUGUGUGUGUGAGGGGUGUUGUGUGUAUGUGUAUAUAUAUAUAUAUAUAUAUAUAUAGUUUAUAUAAAUAUGUUUGGAAGUAUUGUGUAUGUGUGUGAUGCAGUGUAUCAGGGGGCUGUGUGUGUAUGUGUGGGGUGCAGUAUGUGUGUGUGAUGGAUGCUGUGUGUGAGGUGUGAUGUGUGUGCUGUGUGUGUGAGGGUGCUGUAUGUGAUUGAUUUGUGUGAGGGUGCUGUGAGUGUGGGUGCUGUGUAUGAUGUGUGUGAGAGUGUUGUGUGUGAUGUGUGUGAGUGUUGAGUGUGAUAGUGCUGUGUAUGAUGUGUGUGAGUGUUGAGUGUGAUAGUGCUGUGUAUGAUGUGUGUGAGUGUUGUGUGUGAUGUGUGUGAGUGCUGAGUGUGAUAGUGCUGUGUAUGAUGUGUGUGAAUGCUGAGUGUGAUAGUGCUGUGUAUGAUGUGUGUGAGUGCUGAGUGUGAUAGUGCUGUGUAUGAUGUGUGUGAGUGUUGAGUGUGAUAGUGCUGUGUAUGAUGUAUGUGAGUGUUGUGUGUGAUGUGUGUGAGUGCUGAGUGUGAUAGUGCUGUGUAUGAUGUGUGUGAGUGCUGAGUGUGAUAGUGCUGUGUAUGAUGUGUGUGAGUGCUGAGUGUGAUAGUGCUGUGUAUGAUGUGUGUGAGUGUUGAGUGUGAUAGUGCUGUGUAUGAUGUAUGUGAGUGUUGUGUGUGAUGUGUGUGAGUGCUGAGUGUGAUAGUGCUGUGUAUGAUGUGUGUGAGUGCUGAGUGUGAUAGUGCUGUGUAUGAUGUGUGUGAGUGUUGAGUGUGAUGGUGCUGUGUAUGAUGUAUGUGAGUGUUGUGUGUGAUGUGUGUGAGUGCUGAGUGUGAUAGUGCUGUGUAUGAUGUGUGUGAGUGCUGAGUGUGAUAGUGCUGUGUAUGAUGUGUGUGAGUGCUGAGUGUGAUAGUGCUGUGUAUGAUGUGUGUGAGUGCUGAGUGUGAUGUGUGUGAGAGUGCUGAGUGCUGGGUGUGAUAGUGCUGUGUAUGAUGUGUGUGAGUGCUGGGUGUGAUAGUGCUGUGUAUGAUGUGUGUGAGUGUUGAGUGUGAUAGUGCUGUGUAUGAUGUAUGUGUGUGAUGUGUGUGAGUGCUGAGUGUGAUAGUGCUGUGUAUGAUGUGUGUGAGUGCUGAGUGUGAUAGUGCUGUGUAUGAUGUGUGUGAGUGCUGAGUGUGAUAGUGCUGUGUAUGAUGUGUGUGAGUGCUGAGUGUGAUGUGUGUGAGAGUGCUGAGUGCUGGGUGUGAUAGUGCUGUGUAUGAUGUGUGUGAGUGCUGGGUGUGAUAGUGCUGUGUAUGAUGUGUGUGAGUGUUGAGUGUGAUAGUGCUGUGUAUGAUGUGUGUGAGUGUUGUGUGUGAUGUGUGUGAGUGCUGAGUGUGAUAGUGCUGUGUAUGAUGUGUGUGAGUGCUGAGUGUGAUAGUGCUGUGUAUGAUGUGUGUGAGUGCUGAGUGUGAUAGUGCUGUGUAUGAUGUGUGUGAGUGCUGAGUGUGAUGUGUGUGAGAGUGCUGAGUGCUGGGUGUGAUAGUGCUGUGUAUGAUGUGUGUGAGUGCUGGGUGUGAGAGUGCUGUGUAUGAUGUGUGUGAGUGCUGAGUGUGAUGUGUGUGAGAGUGCUGUGUAUGAUGUGUGUGAGUGCUGAGUGUGAUGUGUGUGAGAGUGCUGAGUGCUGGGUGUGAGAGUGCUGUGUAUGAUGUGUGUGAAGUGUGUGAGAGUGUUGUGUAUAAAUGUUGUGUGUUGGGGGUAAAUAAAUAAAAAAUUAAGUGGGGGAAAUAAACAAUAAAAAAAAAAUAAACAAAAAAAUAAACAAUAAAAAAACUAAGCAAAAAAAAAACAACUAAAUCCCCCCCUCCCUUCUUACCUUUAGCCUGGGGGGGGCAGGCCCGUGGUAGCUGGGAUGGGGGGGGGCACAGGCACUCGUACACGAUCCCUGGCGGUCCAGUGGUGAGUGAACACUCUCGCGAGAUCGGGGUGUUGCCCUGGCAACGCUCCCGAUCUCGCGAGAUGAACCCGGCGGAGCUGCAAGAUAGAGCUCCGCCGGGUCCUCUCCCUCCCUCCCCAGCCACAGGUCUGUUUAAAUGGGCCGGUGAGGGAGCUCUUUGAUCUCCCCAUCGGCCCUCCAUGGAAGACAGCGGGGCCGGCGCUCGGAUAGUGCCGGCCCUGCAUAGACCGGCAGGGGAGAUCCUGGGACCUCCCCUGCCGGCCUCGGCCCCACGGCCACCGCGGCCCACCGGGCAUUUGCCCGCUGUGCCCGAUGGCCAGUCCGGGCCUGCCUUCACUCAACAAACCUAGAGAGAUGGUGGUGCAUAGCUACCAGCUUGUACAAAUAUGUUUCAGCAAACAACUGUUGUUCUGUAAUAUACAUGAAUGCACAAUACUAAAACACGUGAUAAUGCUCCCUUCAUAGUGGUACAUUCUCAGAAUUAUAUAGGGCAGUGGUAAGUGGUGCCCUAGGCUGUAGGUUGGUAACAUCAAACUAAUUGUUUCCUCAAACUACCAUUAAAACCAUGACUAACGAUAUCUGGCGGCAUAUCUUUAAAAUUACACAAAUAGAAUUAGGACAGUGUAGUUCUUUUGAUUCUGUAAAUGUUGCAUCUAGUAGGUACUUUAUUGUUAUUAUUAAUUAAAUAUUGCCCAUAGACUUGGUUUCAAAUGACUUUGUAUGAUUUGUAUGCGAUUGCCGGGUGGUCUAAUUUCUGUAACGCUCUAUGGAUGUAUCACGAAACAACCAAAAUAGCCAGUGGACAAAGAGUUUCUUUUGAUUCUUAAUUUGUAAUUCCACCCGUGGUGUAAAACAAAAAGAGAUGAUUGAUUGGAAAAACGAUUAUGGAUGCUUAGGGGAUAGCAACUAAAUGUAGAUAUUAUUCACAGAUCAAGUGAAAAUUGUACUGUUAGCAAUAAUUAAUAGCACAAAGUGAGAAUUUUCAUUUUCAUAGUUUUUUUUUAAUGACCUCCAACUGCUGGCUAUAGCCUGAGAUAUCUAGUGAUACACUAGAUGGCACCAUAGAUCCCAAAUUCAGUGCAUCUAUGCUGCUUAAACGUCUCAAUAAAAUAAUAAAUAAUAGCGAUGAGAAACUCUUUUCAUAGAAACUGUUUUCUAUGAAGUAGAUUUUUUUUUUCCAACUAAGCACACACAUCUUGCCACUAAGUCUCCAUGCCUAUUGUCCCGCUACAAUACAGGUCUGCUCAAGUGCAAAUUUUCAGGCGUAAAUUUCCAGGCAGCUCAGCGUGCUCGGCAGACACAUCCAGUCUCUGAUCCCGUCGUGCUGCCUCAUGUUCUGUUGUCAGCUCUAUCCACUUGGGUGUAAGCUGUCUGUCCGUAAGUUUUCUUCCGUGAGUAAUUGAAAUAGAGAGGAGGGGAGCAGGGGAGUAGGCAGGGGAAGGAGUCUCUUGCAUAUAACAGACAGAGAUAUUGCGGUAGAUUGGUCAGUAUUUUGGCCGGAGAGGAAACAAAGCCAUCACCGUGUCGAAAGCCGGUCUUUCCCUCAGAGCGUGUACACGUGCACACCUCACGUCAUCACGCACCAUUCCAACUAAGUUUUAUACAUACAUUUUUUUAAUGUUUAUUUUAGAAAUUCAUACAAAACAUAAAAUGAAUAUUCUUUGGAACUUCUGGUGGUAUGCGGCUAUUGCUGCUUAUGUGCCGUAAGUAUGCUUCUCUGUGGAUGCAGUAGUGGAUUACCGUUAAGUUUGUUUUCUUAUAAAUGUUUUAUAAUAUAUAUUAUAUAUUAAGCUCAGCUGCGAUGUUGGUCUGUAGUUGCAAAACAUUGUAUGCCAAUGUUGGUUAAGUCCUUACGCAUGUUCUUUUCUUUUUUUUCUUUUUUUUCUUUAUUUUGUUUAGUAUAAUACACCACUGUUUUCUUUUGGCAUGGACCCACGAGGACACCUCCAAAAGAUGUCAAUAGUUGGUGACCAAGCAAAUUUGGAAGGAAAGCACCUGUAUCAACUGCCUGGAUGUAUGUCUGUGGCAGGUAAAGAAAUGAAGAGUUUGAAUGAAUGCUAUCAAAGUAGUUAAGUGAAAUUUGCACAAAUAGAUUUUUAAGAAUAUAUACUAUAUAUAUAUAUUCGUAAUGAGUAAAGUGAGGAAAAAUUAUAUAGUGACAAAUAUAUACUUUGUAAUCAAACCAGCAUUUUUUUCAAAUUAUUAUUAUUAUUAUUUAUAUACAUUUUGACCAAAUGCUUUGUUUACUGCACUGUUUGAGGGUUUUCAUCUCUUGGUAGAAUAUUGUUUCAAUAUUCUGUUUAAUAAUUAAUUUAUUUGCAUUUCAGUACAGCUUUCUUUUAAUGCAUACCAGCCACCAAUGCCCUACUUGGUUUCCUAAUUCCAGGUAGACAAGUAUAGAGUAAUCUCUACCUUAAUAAAGAAUACUUGAAUGGAUAGUGCAAACCCUGGAAUAGGGCUGCAUAAUUACAUUUUUUUAUCACAUUCUAUGUUUCUAUGUUUAAUAGGGUGAUGGGGAGAAGGAACGCAAGCUUGGGAUGCUUCAUAUCCUUUUUACGUUGGUAAUCUGUAUUUAGUAAUAUUUUGUGUUUUUCUUCCAUAAUUAGAAAUACGUCAAAGGCAAGAAAUGAUAAUGAGGAAUCAAAUGAUGUCUGUAAACCCACAGGUUAUGAUGUCAGCCCAGCAGAGAACGCCUCUAAUACCAUCACAGUUUGACCCUCGUUUGCUGGAAAGGUAUACUUCCUUCUUAUUUCUUUCUGUAUGUUUACUGCAGAUGGUAAUGGUCUAGGGGUAAUAGUCUGAUAGGAAGCCUCCAAAGGAAAAGUAUAAUAUUCAACCCCUAUCCAAAAUAAAAGUUGAAAUUAUUGGGCAUGGCAAAAAGCAUUGUUCCUCUUCAUUCCAUAAUUAUCACUGAAUAUAAGAUGUCUGUGUAACUUUAAAGAUGUAUUUAAAUAGCUGAAUUCUAUUUAAUGGAAUAAAGAUUUUUUUUCCACAUAUUUAAUAAAUAUUUAUUGAAACUUUCAUUGGGGCAAGUAAGUAUAAAAAAGAAAACAGUCGUAAUAUAAGACACAAAUAUCCCCUUGUAUCUAUGCGUAUAAGCAAACAACCCCAAGAAUUCUGCAACUGGAGUAUCUAUAUAUGUAAGCUACUAUAUGUUAGUGCAUUCCUAUAAACACUGCUGAUUCACCAUAGCCAUUGGUUCUCCAUCCGAUGCCUUAUGUUUAAAAAAAGGGUUGUCAACAGUAUCCAUAGUGUUCUCAAAUGAAAAGUGAUAAAGGAGCUAUGAAAGUAGAGGGGAAUAAGUAGAGAGGGAAAAGAAAAAAACAAAAAACAAAAAUCACAAUUUUAAUUUAGAUGUAGCAGCGGAACUUUCCUCCCCUAUCUGCUCUCCUGACUCCUAUAAUCCUGAACCACGGGAGAGGAAAGAAGUCUAGCCAAUAAUACCAGCGUCUAACACAGGCUUCCUGCUUCUUGGGAAUAUCUGCACCAUUAUGUCCAUCUGUCUUACUUCAUCAACACUGGCCACCUAUAAGACCAAGGGGGGGUUUGUGCAUCUGUCUUCUCCAGAACAAUGGAAUUGGUGCCUUUUCUGUGUUUAGGGACUGUGUGUAUAGUUAGGGACUAUAUGCACCUGUAUAAAGUUUAUUAUGGUGUAAGAGAAUCGCCUCAGGGCGAAAGGGGGGUGGGCUAUCCAAGAUCUUUCUUAUCACCUCAUAAACAAUAUAAAAACAGUGAGAGCACUCAAUUUAUAAAAAAAAAUAAUAAUAAAUAAAUAACCACAUGUUAUUGGUUGAAUAUACCUGUAAAAUAUAUUAAAAGAGAAACCAUAGAGUAGUAUAGUUACAAUAACUUAUUCUUAUAAAACUCUAGAUGGUCUCACUCACAUGGUUCUUAAAAAGAAAAAAGCUGGCUCAGACUGUAGAGCCUUGUAGAAAAUGGAAGGAUGAGGUAGAUAUUUCUUUAGAGGUGGUUAAAGUGUAGUACCCGGUCCCCCUCUUGUCUUGGUGUUCCUUGUAAGCUUACAAAACUUCAGGAUACCAGAUGCAUGCAGGGCUAACAAUUUAUCCACUUAAAAAAACAAAAUCUUGAUAAAAGAAAUAUACAAUAUAAAAGUCCACCUCACUUUACACGUUUCGGCAAUAAGCCCUUUUCAAAAGUGUCUGUGUGCUUCCAUCUUCCAUCCCUUGACUUUUAAAUCAAUUUGGCACCUUUUGUCAUCUACAGCUGUCUUCUUCCUGGUUGUGCAAAUAUGACGUCAAACGUGCGCUUGUUACAGGUGCAUAUUGAUGAUCUCAAGAUGUCCUUUGUUUGUGAAGCAUCUAUAGGGAUCUUCCAUGAUGCACAAUUAUGACGUUGGGCCUGCGCUCGUUCCAGAGUGCGCACAUUGAUAAUGUUAUGAUGUCUACUGUCCAUAAGCAUCUAUUAUGCUCUUCCCCUUUGAUUAUCUACACGUCUCGAUGUAAGUGACUGGAUACUUGCUUGCACGUACUCCGUGCACAGCCACUAUGCAUCAGUCCAGCAUAAUAGUAAUUUAGGGAUCAAAGCAGGGGGAAAAAAAAGGGGUCCAUGUGUUAUACACCAGAGCCAAAAAUUCCUAAUGAAUUUGGGCUCCAUCCACCAUAACUCUGGAGUCUUAUUUAUAUGCAUAUAAUCAACUUGAAUAAAGAUAUUUAAAUAAAAAACACAUUUAGAGAGAGAAUCAAUCAAUUAAAAACAUAAUUUACCUAGUAAAAUAGAUUUUCAUGCAUAUACAUAAGGAAAUAUCUUGGAUAUAUAAAUAUACAUAUAUAUAUCUUAAAGCAGAGAAAAAGAACCCAUAUUGGGAGAAUAUAUAAAUCAUCAAUUAUAAUUAAAAAUACCAUAAGAAAGUUAUUAAAUACAUAAAUACAUUUUAUUAAUAUCUUAAAAUAAAAGACAAAAAUUAAAGAUCAAAUAGACCUAUAUUGGGAGAAAUAAGAAAACAAAAAUUACAAUUACAUAAAAGAAUUCAUUUUAAAAUCCACAUUAAGGCCAUAUGGUUUUAGGGUUUCCAUAUUGAAUAUCUACCUCAUUUCCGACUUGCCAAGGAGGUUAUCCUUAUCUUCUCCUCUGCAAUGGACCUUACUCUUAUCAAUACCUAUAAAAUUAAGUCCACUGGGAUCACCACUGUUUUUUUUGUAUUUUCUUCUGAUGUUGUAUAUAUGUUCCCUUAUGCGUGUUUUUAAACAUCUGAACGUCUUCCCUAUGUAUUGAAGACCUCAUAAACCUUCAUCCCUUACAAUGCCACCAAAUAUGGAGCAGACUGCCCUCCUCCUCCCCGAAUCUCCAGCAGGUGCCAGAAUGAGCCGGGCAACGUUGUUUUUUUUUUUAAGGUCCACUGAGUUUCUUUAUAAUGUUAGAUUAAUGGCUACACUUAAAAAAAUUCUAAUUUAAAACGUUUAAAAAUCACCUUGAAACAUACCUGUAUUUAUAGGGCCAAGGCAGAUUACUCACUUGGUGAAGAUUGUUUACAUACCACACAUGUGUUAGCUGUAAUAGCUGUAAUUUGCCAGCUCAGUGCUUCUGUAGGAGAAUAUGAAGCACAGAUAUGAGAAGCAUUGAUUCUGAUAUAAAGCAUUGGUAUGAGAAGUAUUGAAUCCAAUGUAGCACAGCCCGCAUCCAGCUACUGCAUGCAAAGUAUGCUGACACACGCAUGAAAAAUAGCUACAAUUAUUGAAUCUAUUUUAGUCCAAAGCCACUAGAGGCAUGCGUAUGGCAAAAUGUAAACAGUGCUAGUUCUCUGUAUGUUUUCAUUUUAAAGACUGCAGGUGCAGCAAACAUGAAAUGACUAAUUCAACCAAAUAGUUUCAUAGAUGUGUCCGAUCAAGAACCAAUAGGAACAUAGUCUGAGAAAAUAAAUAAAAAGGGUAUUAUGUAUCAUAUCUAUGAAUAUUAUUAUUAUGUUAUUAUUUAAAUAGCACCAACAAAUUCCUCAGCGCUUUACAGUGGGUGAACGAACAAACAUGUAGUUGUAACCAGACAAGUUUGAUACACAGGAACAGAGGGGUUGAGGGCCCUGCUCAAUGAGCUUACAUGCUAGAGGGAGUGGGGUAAAAUGACACAAAUGGUAAGGAUUGUAUUAAACUAGUGACAGUUGCAAGAGAGGAAUCAGUCGGGAGCUAUUAACAAUUUAAUUGAUCUUAAAAAGUGGGUUUUUAAUGAUUAUUAGAUACGUUGGAAGGGAAGGUUUGUUGAGAUUGCAUGGUCCUUUUAAAACCUAUGGAUAUAAGGUGACCAUAGCAAUGCAGUCCGUGAGAGGAGUUAGUGUGGCUUUGAGAUUUGUUAGAUGUUUUAUAACACCACAGCAGGAGACCUUAUGGAGAACUUAGCAUUACACCACACCUUGAAUAUGCUGUGCAAUUUUGGGCACCUGUUCUAAAGAAAGAAAUCAUGGCACUAGAAGAAGUCCGAAGACGAGCUACAAAAUUGAUAAAAGGAAUGGAGCAUUUUAGUUAUGAAGAAAGGUUAAAAAAUUUAAAUCUGUUUAGUUUGGAAAAAUGGCACCUGAGAGAUAUGAUAACAUUAUACAAAUAUAUUCGGGGCCAGUACAAAUCUUUAUCUGGAAAUCUAUUCAUAAACAGGGCUAUGUAUAGGACACGAGGUCACGCAUUUAGGCUGGAAGAAAGGAGAUUUCAUCUAAGGCAAAGAAAAGGUUUUUUUUACAGUAAGAGCAAUAAGGAUAUGGAAUUCUCUGCCUGAAGAGGUGGUUUUGUCAGAGUCUAUACAGAUGUUAAAACUGCAAUUGGAUAAAUACUUGCAAAAACAUAACAUACAGGGAUAUAAUUUCAAAUUAGUGGGGUAAUAGCUGCUUGAUCCAAGAAGACAUUUGACUGCCAUUUUGGGGUCAAGAAAGAAUUUUUUCCUACUUUGUUGCAAAAUUGGAAGCACUUCAGACUAGUUUUUUUUCCCCUUCUUUUGGAUCAACAGCAAAAACAUAUACGAGGAAGGCUGAACUUGAUGGACACAAGUCUUUUUUCAGCUGUGUAACUAUGUAACUAUGAGAUCACAAGAAAUAGAGAAUUAAGCAAGUGAGAUCAUUAAGAAUGGACCAACAGGUUUCAAAGAUAGUUUCAAGUAUACCAGGAUAAUUAGAGUCACCUAUCUUAAGCAAGCACAUAUGAGGAUUUAGUUAAACUAUGUAUCCAUAACAUACCACAUUUAAACCCACUAUUGUUUACAAAGUACCCCAAUAUAGAGGGGUUAUAAACAUAUUAAUUGCAAAACUUAAAUCUCGUCCAGAGGUGAUUCUUAAAUUGAUUCUUUAUAUUCAUCAUUUCUAAAGGGGCAGCUGGGAGUUUAGUGGUUGGGUGCUCAAUACAAGGAAUGUGAUCAGCGUACUAUAGGACUGGAGGUGAGAUAAUAACCAAUGGGGCAUGUGGGAUCCUGGGUAAUGAGGUAUAACAGCAUGAUGGAUCUUAGAGAAUGGGGCAUUACAGCACAUUCAAACAUCUGGAAAGAGACUCUAUAGCAAGUGUCUGUUCAAUUCGAGUUCUUGACGCAGCCUAUUCCAGAAUACGACUAGCAUACUCCCUGUAUGAGAUACUCCAGUUGCUGAUUCUGUUCAUCUGACUUUGCACUGUUCCCGUCUCUGCCACCCAACUCCCAGCAUUGUAUUGGGUGCCAGUCAGCAUUACCAAUUACCACUUGUGUCGGGUGUGUGGGUCAUCAACAAAAUUAUAGAUUAGUCCUAAAGAUAAACCAUCAAAUGAAUGUUUGUAUGAAUGAAUGUAUUUCCGAAAGAAAUACAGAAAGAAAAACAGUAUGAUUAGACACAGUAAUGCAACCUUUGAGAAUCAUGAAAUUUGUCAUUCAAUAUCCUUUGAGAACAUGAACCUUACCAUUAAGAAAGAAAAAACAUAAUAAAAUGCCACAUAACCACCUGCCACAAAGAUGCAAGAAAAGUGAUAUUGCAUGGUUGGUGAAUAGUGAUGUCCCGAACGGUUCGCCGAACGGUUCGCGAACGGUUCUCCACGAACGGUUCGCCACGGACUCAUCAUUGAGUAAACUUUGACCCUCUACCUCACAGUCAGCAGACACAUUCCAGCCAAUCAGCAGCAGACCCUCCCUCACAGACCCUCCCACCUCCUGGACAGCUCACUAAGAAUGCAGCUUCAAAAUGGAUGCUGUCCAGGAGGUGGGAGGAUCUGGGAGGGAGGGUCUGCUGCUGAUUGGCUGGAAUGUGUCUGCUGACCGUUCGGCAAACCGUUUGGGACAUCACCAAUGGUGAAGAAUAUUGCAUGGUUGGUGGAGACUGAAAUAAUUUAAUCUGUAGGAUAAGAGAGAUAAUAGUCUUUGCAAGAUAUAUUGAUGUAUCACAAGGUAAUUGAGUAGACAGCCUUAUCAGUGGUACGUUAUUAUGUCACAUGACUAAUAGAACAAAGCCAACAUUUUUAAUAACUUUUAUGAAAAAAUAAUGUGACAUUUGCAAACAAAAUAAAAAAAUACAGGAAAUAGAGCCGUGCAAGUUGGAAAUUGCAGAAUGAAAGUCCUGUAAAGUUUGUUUAACAUACAUACACUCUUUAUUCUUUGUUCCAUUCACAUUAUGUAAACAAUAUAAGAGCCCUCAGCUAGUUCCUUAUUAAAUAAACACUGUUUUUGUACUGUUUGGUUAGAGAUUUGCUGCCAUCAACUGAUCUAAUUAUCCCUAAUGACUCAAGACAAGUUCAUAUGGCUUCACUUCCAACACACGCAGGUCUUCUAGCAAACAGAGCAUUUUCAGGCCAAGGUAACGCAGACAAUACAGUAAUGUUAAACAGAUCAGUUUAUUUAUUAUCCUGCUAUUGUUAUAUUAAAUUACAUUUUAUGUAAAACUAGUGUGUAUAUGCUUUGAGCCCUUCUUGCCAUUGGUACAUAUAAAAACUAUUGAUGCCCACGCUUUAUAGAUCAUGCAGUGUUCCCGAGACUAGCAGGCAAAAGGAAUCAUCUAAAAUUGGUAGCUAUAAGGAAUCCAUAUCAUGAAAUGAGAGAUAAUCUGGGAUCCAUCCAAGUUUUUACCAAAACCCCAUUGUAUCCAAUCCAGUUACUGUACUACGAACAUUUAAGGGGCUACAAUGUUACUUUUUGUGAAACACACAUAUAUACCAAAGUUUAAUGUAAUGUAAUGUUGACUUUGUUGUUUUACCUAAUUACAUUACAACUCAAUUAUCGUAUCAACAUGUUAUUAUCAAUUAUUGUAUUAUUUGUUAAUCUAUAUAAAGCGCUCUUUCACGUUAAAUAACUAAAUAUAGAGCAGGGCUCAAAUAUGGACAUCGACAGUGUUAUUUUGAUAAUUUUUGGAAAGGUUACACUAAUUUUUAUUUUUCUAUAUGUAAUUUUUAAAGCACACCAGAUUUUUUAUACUUUUUAUUGUAUGGAUUUCUAUGCACAUUAACCAUUCUUGUACCUAUUUCAGGGUACAGUUACUUACAGACAGAGCCAUUAGAUUUUGUGGCAAGGAGGCAGGAACUCUUACAGAAACAAAAUGUGACCCGGUAAGCAGCAGACAUUCUUUUUGUAUUCUGUCAGGUGAGGAUACUCUAACAUGUUAAGUUUUUAUUUCAUUAAAUACAUUACAUUUAUUGCAUUUUUAAAACAUAUAUCACAAUAUAUAAACAAUUAUUUUAUGAGUAAAUUAAAUAUUAUUCUUAAAGAGUAACUGUUACUUCUCAAAAAUGUCCUUUAACUUUUUCUUUUGUUUUUUUUCAACAAUGCUGUUUUUUUUAUUUUUUUAUUUUAUUGACGAUGUAGAAAAUGAUCAUAAUCCAGCAAAGCAAGGGCAUGUAUUUCUAAUAAAGAGGAAAAUAGAAUAGAAUACAUUGACUUUUAUUUUGUGGACCUCACAAAUAUUUAUUUUAUUAAAUUUAGGGAUAAGUAGGCAUAACAUUACAAAUCCUGGGAAAUUAAAGUUCCGCUUUAAAGUUACUGAUAAACUGUAAAAAGGGGUCCUCUUAGGACCAUAACCACUACAACUCAAUGGCUCAAUAUAAUGGUUAUAGUUCUAAAAUUCUAUGAAGUGAUAAAUGUUAACCAUACAUUGCUCUCUGAAGACUCAGAACAAAUAAAACAUAGCAUUCCAUGCUGUGCCGAAUUAUUAGAAAUAGUGCAUGCAUGGCAUGAUCCGACCAAAAUAGAAGCAGAGACAAACACACACAAAAAAAAACCAGUCUUUGCACCGGAUAGAAGAGGGGGAGAAAAGCUAAAAAUAAAAAGUCCUAGAGAAACACUGAAUGCGUUUCCUUUUCCAAAGACAAACACUUAUAAAAAUCUAUGGCCAUUGUUUCACAGUUUUUGUUAUUUAUUGAAUUAGCUAGGUGAUCUUGUUACAUUUCAAAAUAGAAUAUAUAUAGUUUUAAUUGUUCUUUUUACUGUAUGGCAUUUUAAAUUAUUUCCAGGACCGAACUUGUCAUUGGGCAAACCCAGCAAAUGCCUGGUGGGCUGCGAUGGGCAUGGGCCAAGGCUGACAAAGGAGAUCAUGCAGGGUGGCACUGGCCCAAUGUGAGAUCUGUCCCUUCAUGGGCCAGAGAGCAGAUUAGGUUACUGGGUAAGUGAGCCAGGCAGCCUUCAUCUGUAUUCUCGUGACCUCUGAUAUUGUCGGACCAAAAAGCCCGCCCACUGGAUCAGCAGGCCCCCUUCCCUCCAAAGUAAUUAUUUACAUUAACUUAUUAAUUAUUAAAGCCCCUAUCUAAUCCAUUAUACACACACUACUGUCCCUGCAUCCAGAUACACCCUAUAUCCGCUAUAACUAUACCCUCUAUGCAUACACGCACACACACUAUACCCCUAUGCAGUGGUGUAUCCUGGUUUUGUGCUGCCCUAGGCAGGACAAAACUCAGGCACCCCCUCCCCCCGCGCCACCCCCACCCAACCCUCCCCGCCCACCUUCUAAAUACACACACACAAACAGUCAGACACACACACACAGUCACACACACACACACAGUCAGACACACACACAGUCAGACACAAACACACACACACACAGUCAGAUACACACACACAGACAGACAGACACAAACACACACACAGACACACACAGUCAGAUACAAACACACACAGUCAGACACACACACACAGUCAGACACACACACACACAGUCAGACACACAGUCAGACACACACACACAGUCACAGUCAGACACACACACACACACAAUCACUCACAUUAACACUUUUUUUUUUAAUUUAACCCCCCCCCCCCAGCCUCCUUACCUUUGGGAAUGCUGGGGGGGUUCCUCUUUCUCCCUGGUGGUCCAGUGGCUGCUGGUCAGGCUGAUGGGCUGCCUACUGGGUGCUGGGCGGGCGGCUGGCGAGGGAGCACUUCCUCUGAGCUGACUGCUCAGCUCUCUCGCGCGCCGCAGAGUUCUGCGCAUGGUCUGCCCUGGUAGAGCAUUGAACCAACAUGCUCACUUUGAGAGGGGGCGUGUUUGUCAUUGGUGAUGACAAAACACACCCUCUCUGCCCCGCUCCCUUCUUACUGGGCCGCUGUGAUAAAAAAAAUGCCCGGGCCGAAUUUUUCUCCCUGUCCGGCCCUCGGUGAUCCCAUCUGUUGUCCAACUACCAUUUGCCCAUCCUUGUAGGGUUGUAAUUAGCACUGAGCAGCGUUUGUGUGUUUGAAUGUGAGCAUGUUUUUGUAUGGAGUAUGUGUGAGUGAAUCUAGGGGUGUGAUUGUAGUGUUUGUUUUUGAAUGAUGAGAUGCAUGCACAUAUACACAAACACUGCUGCACACACAUGCACAGAUACAGUGCCUUGCAAAAGUAUUCACCCCCUUGGCAUUUUUCAUGUUUUGUUGCCUCACAACCUGGAAUUAACAUGGAUUUUUUGAGGAUUUGCAUCAUUUAAGUUACAAAACAUGCCCACAACUUUGAAGAUGGUUUUUUUUGUGAAGCAAAUAAAUAGGACAAAAUAACAGAAAAAGUCAAUGUGCAUAACUGUUCACCCCCCUAAAGUCAAUACUUUGUAGAGCCACCUUUUGCGGCAAUCACAGCUCCAAGUCGCUUUGGAUAAGUCUCUAUGAGCUUGCCACAUCUUACCACUGGGAUCUUUGUCCAUUCCUCAUUGCAAAACUGCUCCCGCUCCUUCAAGUUGGAUGGUUUGCGCUUGUGAACAGCAAUCUUUAAGUCUGACCACAGAUUUUCUAUUGAAUUUAGGUCUUGGCUUUAACUAGGCCAUUCCAACACAUUUACAUGUUUCCCCUUAAAGGAACACUUUAGUCACCUAAAUUACUUUAGCUAAAUAAAGCAGUUUUAGUGUAUAGAUCAUUCCUUUGCAAUUUCACUGCUCAAUUCACUGUCAUUUAGGAGUUAAAUCACUUUGUUUCUGUUUAUGCAGCCCUAGCCACACCUCCCCUGGCUAUGAUUGACAGAGCCUGCAUGAAAAAAAAACUGGUUUCACUUUCAAACAGAUGUAAUUUACCUUAAAUAACUGUAUUUCAAUCUCUAAAUUGAACUUUAAUCACAUAAAGGAGGCUCUUGCAGGGUCUAGCAAGCUAUUAACAUAGCAGGGGAUAAGAAAAGCUUAAUUAAACAGAACUUGCAAUAAAGAAAGCCUAAAUAGGGCUCUCUUUACAGGAAGUGUUUAUGAAAGGCUGUGCAAGUCACAUGCAGGGAGGUAUGACUAGGGUUCAUAAACAAAGGGAUUUAACUCCUAAAUGGCAGAGGAUUGAGCAGUGAGGCUGCAGGGGCAUGUUCUAUACACCAAAACUGCUUCAUUAAGCUAAAGUUGUUCAGGUGACUAUAGUGUCCCUUUAAACCACCCAAGUGUUGCUUUAGCAGUGUGUUUGGGGUCAUUGUCCUGCUGGAAGGUGAACCUCUGUCCUAGCCUCAAAUCAUGCACAGAGUGGUACAGGUUUUGCUCAAGAAUAUCCCUGUAUUUAGCACCAUCCAUCUUUAACUCAACUCUGACCAGUUUCCCAGUCACGACUGCUGAAAAACAUCCCCACAGCAUGAUGCUGCCACCACCAUGGGAUGGUGUUCUUUGCGUGAUGUGUUGUGCUGGGUUUGUGCAUGACAUAGCGUUUUCUUUGAUGUCCGAAAAGUUCAACUUUAGUCUCAUCAGACCAGAGCACCUUCCUUCAUACAUUUUGGGAGUCUCCCACAUGCCUUUUCACAAACUCACAACGUGCCAUUUUGUUUUUUGCUGAAAGUAAUGGCUUUCUUCUGGCCACUCUGCCUUAAAGCCCAGCUCUAUGGAGUGUACGGCUUAUUGUCAUCCUAUGUACAGAUACUCCAGUCUCUGAUGUGGAACUCUGCAGCUCCUUCAGGGUUACCUUAGGUCUCUGUGCUGCCUCUCUGAUUAAUCGUAAGCAUCUGAAUGUCCGAAUGGCAUGAAAUUCGUACGAAUGUACAUUCAGAACGAAACGAAUUGCACAUGUCUAACUGAUACAGAUACACAAACACAAUAAUAACACACUGAGACACAUGCAGAUACACAGACACUCAUACAGAUACACAGCUACACCCAUACAGAGAGACACCCACAUAUACAGACACUGACACAUACAGAUACACAAAAACACACAAUGAUACACAUACACACAAAGACACACAUACAGAUUCAAAGACAUACAAUAAUAUACAUACAGAUACACAGAUUCGCACACUGACACACAUACAGAUAGAUAGGCACAAAUAUACAUACACUGACACAAAUAAAGAAACACAAUGAAAAACAGAUUCCCAGACUUACAGACACAAAGAAACACAAAAUGACACAGAUAGUGGUCAAACUUUUAUCCUCCCUUCAUAGUUACAUAGUUACAUAGCUGAAAAGAGACUUGCGUCCAUCAAGUUCAGCCUUCCUCACAUAUGUUGUUGCUGUUGAUCCAAAAGAAGGCAAAAUACCUAGUCUGAAACGCUUCCAAUUUCAAUCCAAAAGAAGGCAAAAUACCUAGUCUGAAACGCUUCCAAUGCCACAAACUAGGAAAAAAUUCCUUCUUGACCCCAAAAUAGCAGUCAGAUAUUUCCUUGGAUCAAGCAGCUAUUACCCCACUAAUUAGAAAUUAUAUCCCUGUAUGUUGUGUUUUUGUAAGUAUUUAUCCAAUUGCAGUUUAAACCUCUGUAGUGACUCUGACAAAACACCUCUUCAGGCAGAGAAUUCCAUAUCCUUUUUGCUCUUACUGUAAAAAAAACUUUUCUUUGCCUUAGAUGAAAUCUCCUUUCUUCCAGCCUAAAUGUGUGACCUUGUGUCCUAUGUAUAGCCCUGUUUAUGAAUAGAUUUCCAGAUAAAGGUUUGUACUGGCCCCAAAUAUAUUUGUAUAAUGUUAUCAUAUCCCCUCUCAGGCACCGUUUUUCCAAAGUAAACAGAUUUAAUUUUUUUAACCUUUCUUCAUGACUAAAAUGCUCCAUUCCUUUUAUCAAUUUUGUAGCUCGUCUCUGGACUUUUGCUAGUGCUUUUUCUAGUUUCAGUUUCCUACUUGUUGGGUGCAGAGGCUGGCUGAGGCCUUUGGGAGUCAGAGGCUGGCUAUAGCUAUUUGCGCCCACUCCUCUUCUCCCUCUUCCUUGUGGCUCAGUGUCUGUGUUACCUGGGAGUAAGUGACAGGCUCUCACCUCCUCACAGGUUGCCAGUAUGAGAGGGGCCCGGUUGCACUGUUAAAGCGCCAAAGUGCACGACUAGUCCCCUGAUGACAGAGGCUCUUUGCGUGGCCAAAAAUGCAUGGGCCACCCUAUGGGCCCCCUGAGUGUGUGGGCACUGGUUACAGUCGCACCGGCGGUAGUUUUGCUACUGAUACACACACAUAUGCACUACAACUACUAUACAAAUACAAACACUAAAGCUCCUAGAUACACACACAAUGCAACUCACUUCAACCCCAGACACACACAGACACAGUACAGCCUCUACAUGCACAACACCACCCCCUAAGCGCACACACUCUACAGGGCCUAUAAACUCGUGCACACACACACACACACACACACACACUUUACAACCAAGAAACACUACAAUGCCAUAGAGAGCAACCUCACACAUGCACAACAGCCCUGUUCCACUUUUGUCCGCUGGUAUUCCAAUAUUGGGGAAAAUCACAGCACAUGCAUGUCAGUAAAUUUGCUUGCAUUGUGCAGAAACACAAGACAAGCAUCACACUGACAUACUCUUUUUUGGGGGGCUGGGGGUGGGCAUGCUUGUUAUAGGUGGUGACAUAGCACCCCUCCUUUCUGGUCCAGCCCCUCCUAUUGGGCUUCUCUGCCUUGACCUGCCUCUGCUGAGUUUUUGUCCCAAUCUGGUCCUGAUAUAAGACAUAUACACUGCUCUUUGUGUCUAAUGGCACAAUUGACAAAGUGAAGACAUGUUUAACAUGUAAUUACAAUAUAAACCAGCAAGAAGAUGCUGUUUUGUUGGUAAUAGUCUAUAUUGCAUUAGCUGCAUGUUGGAUUAUUUCAGAUGCAAACAGAAAAGACAUGCAUUUUGUUUUGGUUUUCUUUUUUUGCAUGACAUGGUAAUGUUAGAAACACAAUGAACUUAAAAUACAGCCAUUUGUUGUCUGCUGCUAUGCUGUCCAUUUGAGUGGCAAUCAUAAAUAAAUCAUGUUAAUCUCAUUCUGGUCUCCCCAUAAACCGGAACUAUUUUGACCAGGAACCCUAAGGUCAGCUUGUACAGUAGUGAUCUUUCCUCUGGAUAGUAUUCUGCUCAGUCAUAUCAUACCAUGGCGGAACUUACAUCUAGCAUCACUUCAUAUUCUGUUCACUCCCUCUGUGCUCCACUAUCUACUGAUACUGCUGGGGCAGCUUUCGACUGUGCAGAAUUUGGCCUAUAACAGCUGAAACUACGCUUUUCCCAAUGGCAUUUUGUGUUUUCAGUAUCCCUACUGUGUGUUUAUAUUCAGUGUUUAUUGUGUGCAUGUCCUAGCUAGUGUUCAGCUAGUGUAAUAACACCUUUCAGGCUUUCCUUCUCUUUCACCUCCUUGGCCCUCUUCCAGUUAGUCUAGUCAGUCUUACGUCCGAAGUCCAUCUUUCUAAACUAUUUUUCUUUCUCCAUAGUUAUAGUCAAUCCUGAGUUGGGCUUGCUAUGGUUACACUCAUGACUUCAUAUAGACACAUAAUUAAUUCCCUAUGAUGAUUUCUCUAACGUGGUUAUUUGCCAAACGGAAAAUUCAAAGUGAAUUCAAAUUUAAGGUCAAAAUAGCCAAACUGGAAAAAAAUCUCUAAGUCAACUAUGCUUUCAUUGCAGUAAUUCUGGCCUUAAAUUUGAAAUUGACUUUGAAUUCUCACUUUAGUAAAUAUCCCUGUAAAUGUAUGGAAUUUAUUACAGUCUGGAAUAAAUAACUCAUAUCUACAGCUAAGCACCAACCAUAGAGAAAUCCUCACCGUGAGAUACGUAAAUCUGCAGGAGGCAACCUGUAACAGUAAUGGGUUAAAAAUGGUCUCACUGAUAUGAGAGAAACAAGGUGUUCUUUCUUUCUUGCUAUGAGCAUAAAGUGCAGUUCUAAUGCUAAAUUUACACCAUGUUUAUUUUAAAGAAACACUUUAGGUCAGGAACACAUGUAUUCCUGACACUAUAGUGUCAAAAUAGAUUAUUUAGGUGGCCCCUCUGUGUUUAAACUGUUACCUUUUCUCCCAUGUCGCGCCGAUCUCACCGCGAUGGGCUCCGCCUCCAUGGCUGAGAUCAUCAAAUAUGAUGACAUCAGCCAAUCCAAUGGUUUCCCCAUACAAAAGCACUGGGAGGCUAUUGUGCAUGCUGGGCAAAAUACAGCGCUGCGUCAGUCAGCAUCUCCUCAGAGAGAUGCAGUGAAUCAGUGCAUCUAAGGGGAAUAUUCAGAAUGUGGAGACGCUGAAUGCCAGUUCUGUACAUUGUGCAGAACUGGACUAAAAUGCACCUCUAGUAGCUGUCUAAGUGAUUGCCACUAGAGUUGUACCUAGGCAGUAUGGUAAACACUGCCAUUUCUCUGAAAAGGCAGUGUUUGCCGUAAAAUGCCUGCAGGGACAGGCUGUAGACAUCAGAACCACUACAUUAAGCUGUAGUGGUUCUGGUGACUAUAGUGUCCCUUUAAGCACCAUUUUAAGUUACUUAAUCAACAAAAUGUUCUAAAGUUGACUUGACAAGAUAUGUUUAUUUGAAUUGUCAGAAUGGAAAUGGAAAUGAAUGCCAUUUAUCAACCACGAGAAAUCGACAAAGCACACAGGAAGGGAUUUGUGGAAAUGGAGUCACCAUUCCUCUACCACGGAAUUGCAAAUCCUGUAGCCUUCAGAGGGAGACAAAUGAUUCCAGAAGGUCAUCUACACUCAGAUGUACUUGUCUACCGCAACGCCUUGGAGAGUAUACAUGGCAAUACAAUGUUGAAACCCUCAAGCCCAUAUCCGAACAUAAACCACCUCCAUAGAGAAAGAGUCCGCAGACCUGCUAGAAGAACCACUAACCAAAAGACUGCAGAUAGCACUAUAUGUGUCUCCAAAAUUCAGGCCGAUAGCAAGCUCCAGUCGCCACCUGUGACUACCGAGGAUGACAAAGAUGACAAGAAAGAGGAGGAAACCGAGAUAUUUGGCAAAAUCGACCAAAGCAAAGUAGCUGUAGAUCCUACGAUGGACAAAAACUCUAUGGAACUCCAUGAAAACCAAGAUAAAAAUAAUAGCAAUAACAACAUGACCAGAGAGAGGAACAGUAGCUGCAAUGGGAACGACAAGGAGUUAGGUAAUACAAGUACAGCAUUUGAAGACAGAUACAUCUACCAGCCUCCAGUUCAUCUAUCAGCAACACCAUACAGUUUUCCAGUGUCUAUUAACUCCCCAAUAAUUUCAGGUAUGUUCUGGUGAGGUACUCAGCAUUCCCUAUAUUUUAUAAUGAGAUGUUGAUUUAGCCAAGAUGUUGUAGGCCACUUUGAGAUUUCUUUGUGUGCAUAUAUGUAUGUAUGUAUGUAUAUAUAUAUAUUUUUUUUUCAUGUAUCCUUGUACAGUAAAUUGUUGCAACUGAGCUUUGACUUAUAUCCGAUACAUUAGGUCUAUCGAUGAUGACUUUCACCACAGCACAGCACCACAAGAAAAACCUAAAACAAUUAAUUCAGUAAAUUAAAAAUGUAAUAAUUGGACAGUAGGCUUUUUAAUCUGGAGGGUUAUCACAAUAGAGACAGGAUAGUAUUUGUGUUAGCAAUUUUAUUUAUAGUACCAAAUAUUCCACAGAGCUGGGUAAAAAAAAACAAGUAUAGAGAGAAAAUAUUAUCCAGGGAUGAAGUAGUGAUGGGGACAAUGCUCACUUUAAGCUCCAUAACCACUACAGCUUACAGGUGGUUUUUUAAUUGUUAUUUUUCUCAAACAAUUUUUUAAAUGGUUUGACAAAAACUGGCCUCUCCCAGGACCUAAACCCCCUGUCCUCCUGCUGCUGCUGCACAUGUACUUGCUUUUUCUUUACUGUGUUGUUUGUUCACUAUAGUCCAGCCUAGCAAUGAUAUUAUGUGAGCACUGAGGGUGACUAAGAACAGAACUCAUACUUUAUCAUUAUCAUCCAAAGGCAGUAGGUGAUAAGGAGGGGCGAGCUUUGGGUGCCGUUAGUUUAAAUGGGUUGACAAAUAAUGUGGCAAAUUCACACAAAGAUUCCUUAAAUUAGAACCAUUAUAGUAAGCUGUAGCGCUUGUGGUGCUCAGAGUACUUUAUAUAUGAAUAUAUAUUACUGUUGUACACAAAAAUAAAUGUAUGGUUAACUAUUAUUGCUAAUGGUAUUAUUAUUUCUGUUUAUUUUCCUAAAAAAGAACACAGUAUAUUUUUCAACAGAGAAGAUAUACCAGCACUUCAGGAUAUCCGUAAAUGGACCUCUCAAGAUGUAUAUAAUUUUAUAAGUAACCUGCCAGGCUGUUCAAAUUACGCACAGGUACUCGCUCUUCAUGAAUUUGUUGGUUUCAUCUACACAUCAGUUCUGAAUCAGCAAUAAGUAUGUUUGUAUAGAAGUCAUCCACUUUGUAUUCAUACUGUGUGCAGAAUCACACUGCAUGAUUUCAGUAGCCAGCAGCUCUGGCUGUGAUCAGAGAACGCCAUUUGCUGUUUUACAGUCUAACAGUGUACCAAAUGUAUCUGCAACUUUACUUGAUAUGUCUGCAAGUCUUCCCGGGCUCUAACUGUGAACUGCAGUCUGUACUCUAUCAAUCAUCUGUCAGAUGUUUAUCUAUUGAAAGAAUAAUUCAUGGCAAUUCAGAAGAUUCACUUUGGCUGAUAUUUACUAUAUUUACUUUCAUGUCAAUAGAAGAAACCAUUUUUGAUUAUAUUUGAAUAGGACCAAAAUUGGGGCCAAGUAGCAUGAAUUAGAACUACUUUGGAAUUAACUCCUGAACAAUUCCCCAAAUUAAGAAUUCAGAUAUACAAGGCAGCUGGUUACUUUACUAAAUAAAAUGAGCAGGGAUUCUCCAGGACUCCUUAUUAGCAGGAGGGAACAAUUGGUCACUAACGGGCUUAGCUCUGGAGAGCUAACAGAAGCUUCUGGCAGGAGCUACCGCCACUUAGACCAGGAGGAAAGGGUCAGGGAUAGCCCCCAGCAGACCCCGGAUAACAAGCCAAAUCAUUAGCAAACCAUUAUACCACUUACAUUGGGGGUCGCUAGGGCACUUCUGGUACAACAACCACUACAGCAUUCAAUAGUGCUUAUGGUGGUGAGUGUUUUUUUAAACUCCAUGUCUAUAGGAUCCCUGAAACAGCAGUGGAAUAACGUAAUAAGUUAAGACUUAUCCUAGCCCACCAAGUGUGGGUGUUUAAUAGAGCUAAUACCCCCAUUCCCUGUAUUGUGAUUUAAGGUGCUUAUCAUCUAGUCUCACCAAAUAAACAUUUUCUAUAAACUUACCUGAAAUUAAAAUAAUUUUUAUAUUUACCAACACCGUUUUCAGAGUCGUCAGAAAAUACACACACAUGCUUAACUUACUGCGAUUGAAAGAGACGUUCAUAAAAAGCCUAAGACAACUUUUUUUUUGUUUCAAGUAUUUUAUUGAUUUUCAUUUAUUAUAACAUAUAGACUAAUACAGCAGUCCUGAUAAGGUUUUACAUUCUUAUGAGGUAUUUACUACAUCACAGGAGUUUCUCCUAAUUAUUGACUUUAGGACAAUAGACAUAUACAUUAAAAUAAACAUUACAAACAUCAAAGAAAAUAAACAAAAACAAAAUUAUUCCAAUUCCUGGUAGUUUCAUGUUUAUAAAACAGAUACAUCCAAUGCCGAAAGGAGAGACCAUGGGCGUUCAAAGGUACAGGUGGAGGCCAAAUUCUCUUAUCAACAAUGCAAGGCCAAGUUUUAUCAUGUAAACCUCAUUUUUGUGACCGUUCCUCCAAAAUUAAAAAAAGACUUAGACUUGUGACCUUGAACCCUAGUAAUAUUUACCUCCAUUUUGAUUUGAAACAUUAGCUGAUUUAUGACAUCUUGCCAUAUAAAGGACAGUGGGAUUUUUUCCAGUAUUUUUUUAUUUUACACUGUUUCCUAGCAGUUAAAAUUAUAAUUGCACGUAACUGAGCCAACUUUUUAAUUUGAAGGGGAAAAAAAAAGAAAGAAAAAAAAAUGUUUUUGAAAUAAAAUACAUCACCAGAUACUCUGCCAAUAUGAAUCUUCAUAUAGACAGUGGCAAUGGAAGGGGCAUUCAAAGUACAAUUCCUCAUAUUGCUGUCUGCAGGUAUCUUCAUCUCAGUAAAUGCAAAAAGAAAUCUCAAAGUCUUUUCCCAAAUCAGUUUACCUGUAAUACAUAUGACCUGGUAAUGUGUCCACAACAUUGAGUGGCACAUUUUAACGAAUUAUCAGCAGUAUAAUAGUUGCAGCACACAGCAAUACAAAGAGACACUGACAGUAGAUUGCGAUGAAAGUAAGCAGAAUAAUACGAUAACAGACAAUUACUGUAAAAUUACAGGCAUACUCCAAGGGCAGUACAUGUUUUGCCUCCCCAGACACAUGCUGGUACAUUGUGACAGGUGCAUUUGCCAUAUUUUCCCAGACAGAGGAUGCAGAUGGUAUAUUAACCAAUUCACUAGUUCAUAAGAACUAUUGUUUUAUAAACCUGCAAACAAGAGAAACGUAUGGAAUGUCAAUACCUGGGGUGCAAAAUACACUACUAUGAUGAGUCCUGGUAUUCAUUUUGUGAUCAUGGUCUAUUUAAAUAUGAUUUAUGAAACACAAUUAUUGGGGAUAUGCAAAAGUAAAUGUCUCAAAUUAUCUGUAUAACUGUUAAAGGGCCAAUUACUUCUAAAUGGUUAUUUCUUUAUUUAUAAUUCUUUAUUUUUAAAGUGCAGAUUCAAAUACAUGUUACCAAUAUGACGUAUAGCAUGAGUUAAUUUAACAUGGUAUAGUUGUGAGUAGUCAUGAGGUGCUGAACUUUUUUUUUUUAAAAGCAAGAAAACAACAAUACAAGAGUUACAGGCUACAUAAUUAGCUGAGUAAGCAUGUCAAAAAGAUACAAGGUCUAUAAUCUAAGGAAGUCGCCUUGACAUACAGAUAUGUAUAAUAAAACAUGCUUAUAAGACUGAAAAGAAAAAUGGGAUUAAUCCCCCAAGAGGCGCCUCUGUUGAUGUUAUGAGGAGAGCGGGAUGCAGUGGGUCAGGUCAGAUUCCGAUGAGGAAAUAUAAAUAAGGAAAAUCAACAGGAAUGUAACAAGCACAUAGCAUUGAGGGUCCCUCACUUUAAUCAGUUGGGGAUAGGAAGGUGGGUAACUAGGAGCACUUUAUAGUUUAGUCCUGGAGUGCCAGUUCACCCUAUGCCCCCUCUAAAUGGUUAUUUGAUCUGGAUUGUCUCAUCUGCAGGAAUCUCAGCCUUAACCCACCCCCCAGAUGUUGCUGGACUACAAUUCCCAUGAUUCACUGGCCAUCUUCUGCUUUCAAAGAAUUAUGUGAGUUGCGAGCCAUCAACUUUUGGGGGACCAGAUGCCUGAUUCAAGUCUAUUACGGAGAUAGAAAAAAUCUAUAUUGAGACUUAAUCAAGGUUUUUAGUAGAUUCAAUUUGACUCAAUGUUUUUAAUGAAUACAGGUUUUUAAGGACCAUGAUAUUGAUGGAGUAACACUACCCUUACUGACUGAGGAACAUCUCUUGGAUACAAUGGGUUUAAAGCUUGGACCAGCACUCAAAAUCCGUUCACAGGUAUUGGUUCCAGUGCUCAAUAAGCUGGGUUGUUAAUAGUCCCGAGUUGGUAUGAACAGUACUAACAAGGUUUAACACAAAAACACACAUAUUGAAACUGGCACUUCAAGGACCAUAAUCAUUACAGCUUAUUGCUUUGGUUAGUGUGCAGUCUCUCUUAUUUUUGCAAAACUAUUUUUAGGCAGCUUGAAAAGAAAUAGAAAAUUAACUGGCACUAAAAGCCAGUGCCCUCAUCUUGGGGUCUUAUGAGGAAAUUUCCUCAAUAUAUAAUCACAAUAUUUAUAUAGUUGGGAUUCACCAUGCUUUUUACCAUUUGGCACUGACAAACUGACUUAAAGAGUUAAAUGUGAUUUAGCAUGGCCAAAUACUGCUUACCAAUACAAAUGUUUUGGAUGCAUACUAGUGAGUGACCUCAUAUAAUGUCCUAAACUGAGGGUGUUUUUGGUAAACUCUUUUGAAAACAGUUUGACAAAAGCUGACAUGACUAUACCAGUAGAGUUUUACCAUAACAGCCAUAAUUAGCCAUGUUAUAGUGUGUCAUAACAUCCUAAAGAUAUAUUAAAUAGUGUUAAAUAGUGUGUCAAAAGAAUAGCACAAAAUUGACUGCACAUAGCUAAGACUCAAACUUUUAUGUCAGGAAUCAGAGCGUGAGGGAACAUUUUGGGUAUGUGCCUGAUGGAAUGGUUUGUAAUGGUGAACUAAAGGAAAAAGAUACCACAGUGGUUGUUCGGGCAUAUCAAUACACCACAAUAUUACAUUUUUAUGCUUUAGAGUUUGUGUUUGGGUUAGGGUUAGCAUCACGGCUAGCGGACGUGUAUUAGGCUACCAUAACAGUUAAAGAAUACAAGUAAUGUUAGGGUACUGAACUGGGUUAAGGGUUAUUGUUAUAGUAGAUCAUGGGAUACAGAUAAGGUUGGUGUACAUAUUAAGGUAAUGUGAAAGUUACAGUUAUUAGGGGGUAUAAUUGCUUUAAUUUUGUCACCAUUCAUGAUGCAGAUAAAUAUCAUACAAGAUCCAGCACACUCACUCAUUCACUAAAGAGCAAUUUAAAAACUCAUAGAAUGUAAUAGUUUUUUUUUGUAAAAACACCUAAUCUAGGCAAAAAUAAUGGGGUUUAGUUACAGCAUAUACUCAUACAUUGCAUAAGCCUGCCAUAGCGUCAAUGUACCCCAUUUUGGCAGGUCCUAUCCUAGCAACCUAAUACCUGCUCUUAUGAGAGUAAUCCAUUUACUUGCUAGACACAUGUUGCAUGAAUUGGCCCAGCAGCUCCCCUAUAAUAUAUGCAUGUUCAGGUUAGUGCAAUCCUCUUAGUUUCUUUUAUAUUUCACAUUACCUGUCGUUUACUUAGAGGGGCAGAUCAUGUUUUUUAUUCAGUACUGCACACUGGUGAUGUCAUUCUUGCAAUAAUUUUUUCAUAUUGAAUUUUAUAACAAUGUAUAGAUUAUCUCCACAUAGUUAGGGGCUCUAACCUUGCACAGAAGACAUACACGAGAUAUACAUACAAGUUACUAAGUAGUUACUGUGAUUCUCAAUUGCAUUAGGACAGCCCCAUUGGAAACCAUUGAAUCAAUGCUUUCCUAUCGGGUUUUGUGUGAAGUGGAUGUCCUCAUGAAGAGCAUGUGGACGUCCAGCGUCAAUUAGUUGACCAAAAGUCCGCUAAGGACCCAGAAGCAUUGUAAUUAUUGCAGUUUCUCAAUAACUGCAAUAAUUACAAUUGCAGGAUUAAGGGGACAUGGGCACUGCACCCGGACCACUUCAAUGAGCUGAAGUGGUCUGGGUGUCUAUAGUGGUCCUUUAAAGCUCUGUAGAAGCCAUCCGACAACUCAGACACCGUGCAGCCUGUAUUCCUUCCUUCCUGCAUAAUAGAUUUCCAAUUCCUCUUCACAUAUAUAGUAAUGCAGGAACACUUAAAGCAAGUUUAAUAAUGUACUGGUUUCUUAACUUCACUACAAUGAACUAAUCUAAGGUCAUGUUCGAGUAGGACAGCUACAAAUGAUGCUACCCUGUCCACUCUCACAGAUCACACAGUACAAGAUGCUUCCACUGGCAAGAAACCUUUAGGUCUGGCUAGUCUGGAUAGUAACUUGGAAAUUUAAGCCCUGAUAUAUUUAUUAUAAUGAGAUUUAUAUAAUACAACAUGAACUUAAUCAUGAAAACUGCCCUAUUUUUUCCCCAUUCCUUACACACUUGAUAUUAUUUCUAGGAGUACAUAAACUGUGAUUCAAUUUUUAAAAAAUAUAUCUGUCACAGAGUCAAGUGUAAGUACUUUUCUGUAAACUAACUGUUUUGUUUCUUUUGGCUUGAAUAUAGAACAGACCACCCAGUUUUCCCUUAAGGAUUUCCAACUUAGUUGUCACCAUCCCAUAUUUAUUACUCAUCAUCCGUUUCCUUGUGAUUGAGGAACCAGGUUCCUAAUUAUAUAUAUAUUUUUACUCAGUAUUUCCAUCCAAAGUUUUUAUAGCAUUACAGUCAUAAAAGUAACUGGAAAUAAAAUCUAAAUAUAUUACAUAAAUGCUACUCUAGUGCUAUCAAAAAGACCUGCAAGAUUUUUUAAAAAGAACACUGUAGCGUUAGGAAUACAAACGUGUUCUACUAACGUUAUAGUGUUCUACUAUUUAUCAGAUUGACUUAUCUUUUAGCCCUGGUCUCUGUGCUGCCAUCCAGUCUCCCUGGCUGAGAUCAUCAAUCUUAAUCAGGUCAGCCAAUCCAAUGCUUCCCCAUUGCAUAUCUAUGGGGAACGUUGAGCAUCUCCAUGCAGAGCGUGGAAAUGCUGAAUGUCAGUCCUCGGAUUUGUCACUGGGGUGAACUUAGGCAGCCAUGUAAACAGUGCCAUUUCUCGGAAAAGGCAGUGUUUACACUGCUGAGACUGCAGGCUAUAUACCCUAAGCCAGCUACAUUAAGCUGUAGUGGUUCUGAAGACUACAGUGUCCCUUUGAAAAAAAAUCUUGAAAAACUAUAUUGCAACAACAAACAAGCAGUGAUUCUCAAAAUUAGUAAAUGCAUAGUAGUUUAAAAUUCUGGAUCAGUAGGGUUGGAUACUCUAAUACUGCAACACAUUACAUUCAACUAAAGCAGGCUUCCCCAAACUCCGGCCCUCCAGAUGUUGCUGAACUACAACUCCCAUGAUUCUCAGCCUAUCUAUUUAAUUAAUAGAAUAAUGGGAGUUGUAGUUUAGCAACAUCUGGAGGGCCAGAGUUUGGGGAAGCCUGAACUAAAGGAUAUAAUUCUUAUAACAUGCAGAAAAGAAUGCUGCCAAAGUAGAGGCUCUCAGAUUGACUGUCAAUCUUAUUUGUUCUCUGUAGAUCUCGUGCCGUUUGGGAAACAUAUUUCACAUGGCGAAUCUUCCAAUAACGGGACCCAUGCCAUCCACUGCCCAAGUGUCAACAGACCAGCCAACGGAUGUAUUAUCACCCCUUCAAUGCAACAACAGCAACAUGGUUCCAAGUCCCUGUCCAAAGGAUUCAGAUAUUCUGAAGGCUACAGAAUCAAUGACAUCCGAAACAAAGGAGAACUCCUGCGAUUUACCUUUGACACAAAAUGAAUUUCAGAUGAACUAUCUCAAAGGUUGAGUGGCUACGACGGCAAAAUGGAAGUUUGUAGUAGUAAAUAUUGUUCAAUAUCUGUUUUGCACUGCCUCAUAGUUACACAGAGAAAUGUACAUGAAAAGAGAUAAUAUGUAACACGGCCUUUUCUGGAAUGUAAUAAAAUGUCUAUCUAUAUUUAGUAAACAGACAGAGAAGAUGAUUCUCUUA